AUGGGUCAUUUCACUCCCAACACCAAAAGAUUUGCAGAGGUAAAGGAGUGGAUCUUCAGAGUUACUGGCUUCAUUUGCAGCCUAUUAUCUUUGGGGUUUGAAAUAAUCCUUGCAAGCAGCAGAUACUGGCGACUCUGGGAAUUUGACAAUAAUGUUGUCCAGCUUGUUUACAUUGGACUCUGGGAAGCUUAUUACCAUUGGGAAUUUAACUUCUCUGAUACUGAGACAAUAAUUCUGGUACACAGCUCUGUCAACUCAACCUGGACAAUUUCACCCGAAUUUCAAUGUGCACGGAACCUGAUGUUACUGACAAUCCUGAUAAAACCUGUUGUUGUGAUUUUUAGCUCAGCAGCCAUUAGGGUCAGCAUAAUCAAAUCCUCAGUCCAUGAGAUUCAGAUAGUAUGUUACAAGUGCUCAGUCUUAAUUCUGAUCAUCACUAGCCUUUGCACCAUUAUUUCUGUGACCUGGAACCAUGUAGUCGAUUUCUAUGGCAUGACCACUCUUGACUUUCCACCAACGUUUCCAGUCAAAAAAGAAGCCCUGAUUAAGAAACACAGCACUCACGUGUUUCCAUUGGGGCUCCUGACAACCACCCUGUCACUCUUUGGUGUGAUUAUGUUCCUCUUUGAGAUAAGGUCACUGAAAGCUCAGAGUAAAAUGAAUGCCCAGCAUGAUUUGAAACAAGCUGAUGACAGUUCCAUAAAUGAGGGUUCUGGUAUUUGUGAAAUGUGCCAGGAGACUACCUGA